AUGGUAGUGAAAGAGAAUGGCCAAGUGACGGAUGUCACGGUCAAAGCAAAUGGUCGAACGGAUCUUAAAAAGCCACGGAAGAAGGGCUUCGUGCGAUGGACAGUCGGACUUGUCGUGAGGCUGUGUAUAUGGUAUGCGCUCGUGACACCGUUCCUCAGAUGCCCCUCCCGCCUUGCAGACCUCACAGAGACAUCGCCUCGAGUUUGCAAGCCUUACCUGAUUGCUCGUUCGCACGUGGAACCUUAUGUGACGCCAUAUUAUGAUAUUUAUGCAGCGCCUUACAUUGAUCAAGCCCGGCCAUAUGUUGAUCAAGCCCGUCCAUACGUUGAAGUGUUUAAUCAACGAGUUUAUACCCCAGCAUCGAAAGUUGCCAAAUCAGGAUAUGAAAAGUACGGAGCGCCGGCAUUGAAGCAAGCUCAGGCAUAUGGGAUUGAGCAAUGGCAACGUCAAGUCACACCAAGACUACAAACUGCUCAGAAUAAGGUGCACCAACUUUACUUGGCCGAGGUUGAUCCCUAUGUCGAGCAAAGCGUUGCUUUCGUCUCUCCAUACUAUCAAUCGGCCAACGCCGUUGUGCUCAAUGUCAUUCAGGGCCAUCUAGUACCUUUCUACGCGCGUUCCAGACCUUUUAUCGGGAAGGCUUACUCCACGAGCCAGGGCAUUUUGACAACCCAUGUCUUACCCGGGGUGCAGUACACCUGGUCAUCCGCGGUCUACUUUGCUAACAGCUCGCUAUGGCCUCAUGUUACUGGUCUUUAUUCUGAGCAAGUGGAACCCCAGCUGGUCAAGAUUGGCCAGCGGUUGGUAAGCUACAGAGAGGGCAAGCGACUUCGCGCUGUCAUAGAGGACUUGGAUAGCAGCUCAACAGUCCAGUCUGUUACCUCCCUGAUCACCAAGUCACAGGAGCAAAUUCACACCACGACCACUGUGACUUCAACUUCCACGCCCCAGGCUUCUGCCCAACCUACUCUUACUCCUACCGAGCAAGCGCAGCAAGUCCGCGAGAAGAUAGAUUCGGACCUUGAGCGGUGGCAGGGGAAGUUUGUCAUCGCAGCUGAUAAAGGUAUUGAAGACCUUGAGGAACGUAUUGUGGAGAUCGUCUCGGCCCUAGUUGCAAGCAGCGCGAACAGCCACGGCCAGAGCCUUUCUACCGCGCUUCAGUCCGUUUCAGCUGAGCAGCUUUCCUCUAUCAAGCAACGUAUCAACGAACUUGCAGAUUCAAUGCCAGAGGAAGACGCCCCGGAAAUCGAGAAGUCUACUAGCGACUUGCUGAUUCGGGAAAUCCGGACUUCUGCUAUCUCUGUGAGAGAUCGCGCCCAUGCACUCCGAGAGUGGUCUAUCUCGUUCGAGGAUGAACUUGUUCGCCGAGUCACUGCUGCUAUCAAUUCAACACUCGAUGUUCUCGACAGCAUUCGUGAUCUAGGCUUGCAAGAAAUUGGCAUGCGCUGGGCCUGGAUGGAUGGUGUCACAUACAAGGAUUGGGCAAAGUACCAUGUGCUCAAGACUCAACUCGAGGAAUGGCGCAACGAGAUCCGAAAUGUUGGCAUGAACCACAAAUCCGUAUCUGGCGCCAGAGCUGUGGCGAGUGACAUCUUAGACCAGGGCAUGCAUGAAGCUGAGCAAGCUGCCAAGGAACUUGUCCGGUUGAAGGAUGUUGGGAUCUGGAAGAUCGCUGCCCGUGAAGUAAGCGAUAAUUUCCAAACCCGCACCGAAGCCCCGCCAGCGCGGCCCAAGCCCCAGGAGACUGAGGAAUCUGACGAGGAGCCCGCCAAGGUGGAUUCUAAUAACGAUGAGUCCUCUGAAGAGGUAGCAGCGCCAAUUUCGGACGACGAUUACGAGGAAAUUUCCUCCACCGAUGAACCUUCCACGGCUGUCGAUGCUGAGGCGGAUUUUGAUGUCGCUAAUGAGUCUGUUAUGGGCGAUGAUAUUUUGGUGGAAGAGCAGCCUUCCGCAAGACCCGCCUUUGGUGUUGCGGCUGCCGAUGCAAAUGCGCAUCAAGCGCCUAUCCUAGAUGACGAGGGCCACGAUGUCCUGGACAGUCUGGCGAGCAAGGCCGGCGAUACUUACGCCGAGGCGAGCAAUGCUGUCAGCGAAGCUAUCCAUGAUACUCCUCUGAGCCCCGCGGAGAAGAUCUCCAGUGACGCCUCUCAAAAAUAUAGCGAUGCAGUAGCCGCUGCGUCAUCGGUCAUCUAUGGCACCCCGACACCAGUUGUCGAAUCUUUGAUGGGCGGAGCCAGCUCAGUAUUUGCCGAUUCCACAGAUCAGGCUAAAGUACUCUAUGAGAUUGCGAAGUCUCAAGUUCUGGGCCAAAUGUCUGAAUCUAAGGCUCCUGCUCAUGCCCAACUCCUAGCUUCCAUAGAGUCGGCCUAUUCUGGGUCUCUUAAAUAUGCCACAGAUGAGCUGGAGUCCAAACUUCGUGCUACCCCAACGCCGUCCAACACCGGACCUCUGGCCCAAAUUUCAUCCAUCGCCUCGUCCCGACUAAACCAGGGACUCAGUUUAGCAUCCGAACAAUUAGCACAAGUGCAGCCACCAGUGACAACAGCCAGUCUUCCUCGGGGAGUUCUCGACCCAUUCGUCCUUGAUGCGCAGCGUCGCUACUACGAGGCAGUCGGGUUAGCCCACCACCACUACUCUGCUUUUGUCUCUACGGCAUCUGGGGCCGUCUAUGGUUCUCCAACUCCCACCCCAGCUGGAAGCUUCAAGGGAAUCAUUGAGGAAGCUGGAUCUCAAUACGAGCAAGCCUCCUCGUUGGCUUCUGCUAGCCUUGCCGCUGUCGUCGCAUCGGCAAGCUCAGUCAUCUCUUCCGCGGAUGGCGGCAAAGCACAAAGUAUCAUUGGUGAUGCUUCAUCCAGAUACAACGCUGCGCUCUCUGUCGCUUCCUCCUCUCUCUCUGCAGCUUCCAUUUCGGCCAGCUCAGCCGUCUAUGGAACUUCCACGGGCCCUGUAGAGUCCCUUUCCAGUCAAGCAUCUGAAAACUGGGAUAAUCUCAUUUCCAAAGCCAGCGAACAGAUCUACGGUACACCAACGCCGUAUUUGCAGCAAGUGGUGAACAACGGGCGUCCGCAAUUUGAGGCAGUCCAAGAGCUCAUAUCUGAACUGAUUGUGGGCAAGCAGCCUUCAUUUACCGAGAGCGUGCUGAGCAAGCUGCACGCUGCAUACGAGACGCCUUAUCCAGCUGCCGCUGUGUCCUCUGCCUCUAGCUACAUCAAUCAGGCUUAUGGAUCUGCAUCCUCUGCCGCUGCUUCUAUCGCUUCAGAAGCCCCAAGUGUAGAAGACAUUGUGCAACACGCGAAUGACCAACUCCAUGCUGCUGUUGAAGCCGCUAGUGUUGGUAUCUACGGGACUCCCAAGGGUUCCUACGAAAAAGCCACCGAUGCCGCAGCCGAUACCUACUCAACAGCUUCUGCUCAAAUCAGUAGCGCGGUUUACGGCAAGGAAUCUGGUUAUAUAGAUAUCGCCAAGGAUGCCAUUGAAAACAUUCAAUCCACAGCCAGCGCUGCUAUCUACAGCGAGGAACCCAACGCAAUGAAUAGCGCAACUAUCCGUCUCGCUGGAGCCGUUGAAAGCGCCAGGUCUCAGAUUGCUGAUCUAGCCGCCAGCGCUAGCAGUGUUGCGUCUGAGGCAGUCGAGACCGCCGCAUCCCACAUUGAAGAUACAACAAGCAGCAUUAAGAGUGCUGCAGCUUCAGUCAAAGAUGAACUCUGA